CUUUGGAACAACUGAUCAUUGGGUACUAGGUUCACUAUGAAGCUUCUCUGCAUCUUCUUUCUCCUCGCUCUAAGCUAUUCCACUCAUGCAUGGGAGUUUAGUAGCAUCUUCGGCAGCGCCUGGAACUCGACCAAGGGAGCAGUUAGCUCGGCCUACGAGGCUACCACAACCAAAUUGGCAAACGCAUACAACGAGGUCUUGUCAUGGGGACACGAGAAAGGUUUACAACUCCAGCAGAAGGUUAACGACUGGGAGGCUGCGGGUGUCGAUCGUAUCAGCAAAAAGCUCGAUGAGUAUCUUUACGCGGCCGAAAAAAAAUUAUCCCCAGCUUUUGACUUUGCUGCAAAAAACAAUAUCGAUGUGAGCCAAUGUCAAAAUAAAUCUGAAACCGAUCUUCAUCAGGGAGUGCAACAGAUUUUAGACAAUGCCACAAGCGAAAUCAAAGAUUAUUUCCAAGGCGUAAAAGAUGAGGCAUCCGAAGCCGUUAACGGCGUUGGAGACGCUUACGGCGAUGCGAAAAAGAAAGAAUGGUCAUCGGCAGCCAGUGAUCUCUUUAAUACGGGUAAAAGUGGCCUAGAGCUUUUCAUCGACGGCGAAUCGUCGCCUGGUUUCGUGAAAAAUCUCCUCAGACACGUUGAAUUGCAAGCCAAGAAAUUGUCAAAGGACACCGUGAGAGCCGCUGAAAAAUGCGUCAUCGAGACGGUCAAAAAAGCUGAUCCCGACGCCGAAAUCGAUUUUCCAACUUCGAGCGACGAUUCUCCCAGCGCCAACCAAGUUUAAAGGUUCAAUAAAAUAAUUUGCAAAUAAUCGA